AUGCUGACCUUCGUCCCUCGCCAAGAUCGCCAUCGACGCUUACUGCCGGCGCCUGCUGAUAGGCGGGUGCUCGAGACUCCGGCAUCGGCCUCCAGAUCGGACUUAGCGACGCGCCGUGUGACGAGCCCCCAGGCACCGGCAGCUUGUCGGGAGUGUCGCAAACAGAAAACGAAGUGCUCUGCUCAUAGACCCAAAUGCCUGCGCUGCCAGCGGCUCAGCAAGGACUGCAUUUACGACACGGAUCUGGCGGAGACCCCGCGACAAUCUUUGCGGCGCAAGUAUGGUGAGCUCGAGUUGCGGAAUGCCAAACUGGAGCAUCUCUUUGGCUUCUUGCAAAACGGCUCUGAGACAGACGUCGCCGCUACGCUGCGCCGUAUCCGUGAUGGAGCGGACCUUAAUGAGCUAGAGAAAUACCUCCGCGAUGGAGACCUGCUGCUCCAGCUCGGUGAAACCUGA